AGCUAGUCUUGCUUUCGGCGCACGCCAGUUAGUUGUGCUGCUAAAACUGUAAAUCUGGAUCUAAAAUCUAACCUGAGUGCCCCUAAAAUCAAAGGAACUCUGUACUUCACUAGGUAACAGUGUUAGCAGUCGUCCGGCAUGUCCCGUUUCUUUGCGACCGGAUCCGACAGCGAGUCGGAGGAGUCAUCAUCCGCUGAUGAGAUUACCCCCAAACCCUCUGGGACUACUUUCACCAAGCAGUCCCUGUUGCUUAGCGACGAUGAGGAAGACACAAAAAGAGUGGUGCGCAGUGUCAAGGAUAAGAGAUUUGAGGAGUUGACCAACUUGAUAAAGACUAUCCGCAAUGCAAUGAAGAUCAGAGAUAUGGCUAAAUGUCUGGAGGAGUUCGAGCAGUUAUGUCGAGCGUUCCUUAAGAGUAAGACAGUAGUGGAUAAAGAGGGCGUCCCAAAGUUCUACAUCCGGCUGUUGGCUGAUCUGGAAGACUACCUAAACCAGUUAUGGGAGGACAAAGAGGGGAAGAAAAAGAUGAACAAGAACAACGCAAAGGCCCUCAGUACUCUGCGGCAGAAGAUCCGCAAGUACAACCGGGACUACGAGACUGAGAUAGCCAGCUACAAAGAGAACCCAGAGCAGUCUGCUGAGGAAGAGGAGGAGAAAGAUGGCGUAGAAUCUGGCUCGUCCUUAGAAAGCGAGGACGAGACAGGAGAGGAGGGCGGAGUCUCGGCCAAGAGCUUCAUGAAGAAGAAGCCGGCCAGUGAGCCGGCCCCAGAGGCCAGCAAGUUCCUCAAAGCAGCCACAGGGGAAGAUGAGUCUGAAAGCGAUGAUGAGGAAGAUGACGAAGACUGGGAUUCAGACUCAGUAGGCAGUAGCAGUGAGAGUGAGGAUGAGGGGACCAGUGCAUCAGUGGCCAUGCUUUUCCUUAAAAAGGACAGCAAUAAAGAAAAAGCAACCAGCGACCGUAGGAAAGACCCCAGGACUAAGAGACCCAAGAAGAAGGAGCGAAUUGAGGAGGAAGAAAUUGAGGAGGAAGGAGCAGAGGCAGAGAGUGGAGAAUGGAGGAAGGUGAAAGGGGGAGUGCCUUUGGUCAAAGAGAAGCCAAAAAUGUUUGCCAAGGGCACAGAGAUCAACACAGCUGUAGUGGUGAAAAAACUCAAUGAGAUCCUGCAGGCUCGUGGCAAGAAGGGAACUGACAGAGCCGCACAGAUCGAACUUCUCCAUGCGUUAGCGGCUAUCUCCAAUGAGAAUAAUCUGGGAGAAGGCAUCUUGGUCAAGAUCAAGUUCAACAUCAUCGCUUCUCUGUAUGACUACAAUCCCAACCUGGCUGCCUUCAUGAAGGCGGAAAUGUGGAAGAAGUGUCUGGGCUGCAUUGAAGAGCUUUUGGACAUCCUGUUCGAGAACAACAACAUCUUCAUUGGCGAGAACAUUGCUGAGGAUAGUGAGAAUCUGGCCAUCUCUGAUCAGCAACCCUUCAGGGUGCGCGGCUGUAUCUUAACCCUGGUGGAGAGGAUGGAUGAAGAGUUCACCAAGAUCAUGCAGAACACUGAUCCCCACUCCCAGGAGUAUGUUGAUAACCUGAAGGACGAAGCACGUGUGUGUGGCAUCAUCGACCGGCUGCUCCAGUAUCUAGAGAUGAAGGGCAGCACUGAGGAGGUGUGCCGUGUCUACCUGCGUAGGAUCAUGCACACCUACUACAAGUUUGACUACAAAGCCCACCGCCGCAGCCUGGGCCUGCAGGGGGAGACCAAGUCUGAACAGGAUCAGGAGGAAAGCGAGGGGGAGGACAGCGCGGUUAUCAUGGACCGUCUCUGCAAGUUCAUCUACGCCAAAGACAGAACCGACCGUAUUCGCACCUGCGCCAUCCUCUGUCACAUCUACCAUCAUGCCCUGCACAGCCGCUGGUACCAGGCACGCGACCUGAUGCUCAUGAGUCAUCUCCAAGACAACAUUCAGCAUGCUGACCCACCUGUGCAGAUCCUGUACAACAGGACCAUGGUGCAGCUGGGCAUCUGCGCGUUCCGUCAGGGCAUGAUCAAGGAUGCCCACAAUGCAUUGCUGGACAUCCAGUCGAGUGGACGUGCCAAAGAGCUGUUGGGCCAGGGCCUGUUAAUGAGGAACAUGCAGGACAGGAACGCAGAGCAGGAGAAGAUCGAGAAGAGACGACAGGUUCCAUUCCACAUGCACAUCAACCUGGAGCUGCUGGAGUGUGUGUACCUGGUUUCAGCCAUGCUGCUGGAGAUCCCAUACAUGGCUGCUCAUGAGUUUGAUGCUCGUCGCAGAAUGAUCAGCAAACAGUUCCACCACCAGCUGAGGGUGGGAGAGAGACAGCCACUGCUCGGGCCGCCUGAGAGCAUGAGAGAGCACGUAGUGGCCGCCAGCAAGGCCAUGAAAAUGGGCGACUGGCGCACCUGCCACUCCUUCAUCAUCAACGAGAAGAUGAACAGCAAAGUGUGGGACCUGUUCCCAGAAGCACAGCGUGUGAGAGAGAUGCUUGUCAGAAAGAUCCAGGAGGAAUCUUUGCGUACCUACCUGUUCACAUACAGCAGCGUGUAUGAUUCGAUCAGCAUGGAGACGCUGUCUGAAAUGUUUGAGCUGGAGUUACCAACAGUGCACAGCAUCAUCAGCAAGAUGAUCAUCAAUGAAGAGCUAAUGGCAUCUCUUGACCAGCCCACUCAGAUGGUGGUGAUGCACAGGACAGAACCCACCUCCCUGCAGAACAUGGCCCUGCAGCUGGCUGAGAAACUGGGCGGCUUGGUGGAGAACAACGAGCGUGUCUUUGACCUCAAACAGGGCGUCUACGGAGGCUACUUUAACAGGGAUCAGAAAGGAGGCUACCAACAGAAGCAGGGCUAUCAGCGAGAUCAAAAAGGCGGAUAUCAACAGAAACAGAAUUACCAGCGAGGAGGCUACAGAAACCAGAACCAAGGCUCCUACUGAUUCAGCUGCACCAUGCCCAUCUUCAUUCCAGAACCAGAACCCAGAUUGCUGGGCUUGGCUUGUCGCCUCUAUACAGUUCUGCUCGCUCCACUGCUCCCGAUAUUGACUUUAUUAGCGAACGUUGCUUUGUAGCAUUUUUCCACACCGUGGUUGCAGUCUUAUCAAAUCAAAUAGACUGUAUUUUAUUGGUCACAAAACUUACUCUUAACAAUUUCCUACAGUGAAAGUGGUUUGUUUUGCAUAAUUAUGUGUUGAGGAGGGACAGAGCAAGUCGGGUGGUUGUAUAGUAGGAUUUGAAAAAUGUCAAGUGAUUUCCAUCACCUGUAACCUGACUAAUAAUAAACAUUAUUCAAUUUAGCAAUG